AGUUACAUUUUAAGCGAUUAUUUGGACCGUCGUCGUCGUCGGGAUCCUCCUAUAUAAACAGCAUAUAUCAGCCAGGUUAGGGUUUUUUCUUGUGCUCUCCAUUCAUUCCCGCUGAGAAAACCCUAGGGCAGUCGGAGAAGAGUUCGCCAUGGGGAGAAGACCUGCGAGGUGCUACAGGCAGAUCAAGAACAAGCCAUAUCCAAAAUCACGGUAUUGCCGUGGUGUCCCCGACCCAAAGAUUAGGAUUUAUGAUGUUGGCAUGAAGAAGAAAGGAGUGGAUGAGUUCCCAUUCUGUGUCCAUUUGGUGAGUUGGGAGAAGGAGAAUGUCUCAAGUGAGGCUCUUGAGGCUGCUCGUAUUGCUUGCAACAAAUACAUGACGAAGUUUGCUGGGAAAGAUGCAUUCCAUUUGAGGGUCAGGGUGCACCCUUUCCAUGUUCUGCGAAUUAACAAGAUGCUUUCGUGUGCUGGAGCUGAUAGGCUCCAGACUGGAAUGAGAGGUGCUUUUGGCAAGCCGCAAGGUACUUGCGCAAGAGUGAGCAUUGGUCAGGUCCUCCUAUCUGUCCGCUGCAAGGAUAACAACAGCAACCAUGCACAGGAGGCCCUCCGUCGUGCAAAGUUCAAGUUCCCUGGUCGCCAAAAGAUCAUUGUCAGCAGGAAAUGGGGAUUUACCAAGUUCAGUCGUACUGAUUAUCUGAGGUGGAAGUCAGAGAACAGAAUUAUGCCUGAUGGUGUCAAUGCUAAGCUUCUUGGUUGCCAUGGACCUUUGGCAAGACGCCAACCUGGGAGAGCAUUUUUGGAGUCGACUGCUUGAAGUAUCAUCUUUGAUUCAAAUUACCGAGUCAUCUUACUUUAGAACCCUUUUCAGUUCAAUUUUUGUUCUUUGAAGUAGUAGGUAGCUAUUGAGUUUGUACUCAUUCUGGGUUUUUGAGAAGGUCUGAAACAUCGUUUUGUCUUUGGAUAUUUGCUUUGGUUUUGUUAUUAGAACGUUCUUAAACUAGUAGUUAUUCUGAUAUUAUGAAUUGUUUGGGUUACUCUUUUGCUACCA